AUGUCGCUUCCAGAUAAAGUUGAACUUGCCAUUCGUCAAAUUGAAAGAGAAUUUUACAUUGAUGAUGGUUACCUCAUUAAGGCAUCGGACUAUUUCCUUCAAGCAAUGGAUGCUGGAUUGAAAGCACCCAAGCAAUCAAGAGAAAAUAUGCCAAUGAUUCCAGCUCACGUUUCGAAAAUCCCAACCGGUAAAGAAACUGGAUUAUUUUUGGCUGCUGAUUUAGGAGGUACAAAUUUCCGAGUUUGUUCAAUUGAUUUAAAAGGUGAUCAUACUUUUGAGUUAAAACAAAGCAAAUAUAGAAUACCACCGGAAUUAAUGAAGUGUAAAAAAGCUGAUGAUUUGUUUAAAUAUUUGGCUUCGAAAAUUGACACAUUUCUUGAAGAACAUCAUAAUACCGCCAAAGUUAAAUCUUCAGAACCUUUGAAAUUGGGUUUUACAUUUUCAUUCCCAGUAGAUCAAACUGCUUUAGGUCAUGGUACGUUGAUUAGAUGGACUAAAGGAUUUGAUAUCCCUGAUGCUGUUGAUAGAGAUGUUGUUGAUUUAUUACAAGCUAAUUUAACAGUAUUGGAAGUUAACGUUGAAGUUGUGGCAUUGGCUAAUGAUACAGUAGGAACUUUGUUAUCCAGAGCUUAUCAAAACGAUCCCAAGAAAACCAAUUCAAAUACUGUUAUUGGAUGUAUAUUUGGAACUGGUACUAAUGGUGCUUAUUACGAGACUGUUGAGAACAUUCCUAAAUUGACCAACCCACCAAAGGGAGUUCAAGGUAUGGUGAUUAAUACUGAAUGGGGUUCGUUUGAUAAUACGUUAAAGAUUUUACCAAACACUAUAUUCGAUGAAAUUGUUGAUAAAGAAACUGCCAACAAAGGAUAUCACCUUUUUGAAAAGAGAAUUAGUGGAAUGUUUCUUGGUGAAAUUCUUAGAGUUGCGUUAUUAGAGUUAUUUGAACGUGGAUUGAUUUUCCAAGAAUUGUAUAAGGAAAGGGGUGGAAGUUUGCCUCAUAGAAUAACUGAACCUUGGUUAUUAGAUUCUGAAGUGUUAUCAUAUCUUCAAAUUGAUGACUCAACUGACUUGAAAAUGCUGGAAUUGAUCUUACAAAAUACAUUGAGAUUACCAACUACCAGGCAUGAAAGAGUUGUUAUUCAACGAUUGACAAGAGCUAUUUCAAAUAGAGCUGCUAAAUUAUCAGCCAUCCCAUUGGCAACUAUUGUUCGUAGAGUUAAAGAUCAAUACAAAGAUGAUGAUAAGGAUUUUGAAGUUGGUUGUGAUGGAUCAGUUGUUGAAUUCUAUCCUGGUUUUAAAGAUGCUAUAUUGAAAGCUAUUGAAGUGAUUAAUCCUUUGGAAGGCACUCACAAAAAAGUUUAUUUGAGAAUUGCUAAAGAUGGAUCAGGUGUUGGAGCCGCUUUAUGUGCCGCAAUGGCCUAG